AUGGCUGGAAAAAAGAGUAAGUCUAGUGACAAGUCUGGAAACAACAAGCAGAAGAACGAAGUUGUGCAGGAUGAGCGUUUACAAGCAAUUGUGUUGACGGACUCGUUUGAGACCCGAUUCAUGCCGUUAACAGCUGUGAAACCUAGGUGUUUACUUCCCUUGGCCAAUGUGCCUCUCAUUGAGUACACUUUGGAGUUCCUCGCAAAGGCAGGUGCUAGUGAAGUGUAUCUGAUGUGUGCAUCCCACGCUGAUCAGAUCAAUGACUACAUCGAAAAGUCGAAAUGGAACAUGCCCUGGUCGCCAUUUCGUGUUUCAACAAUCAUGUCCCUCGAGUCUCGGUCUGUAGGUGAUGCCAUGCGUGAUUUGGACAAUCGAGGAAUCAUCACAGGCGAUUUCAUACUGGUCAGUGGGGACCUUGUUACCAAUAUGGAGUUUGACAAGGCUCUUGACUUUCAUCGCAUGAAGAAAUCCGAGGACAAAGAUCAUAUAGUAACCAUGUGUCUCAGCAGGGCAAGUCAGUUUUUCAGAUCUAGAUGUCACGAACCAGCGGUCUUCAUACUGGACAAGGCCAGCGACAAAUGUCUAUACUAUCAGGAUAUUCCCUUGGAAAACUCCAAGCUCAAAAACUCGAUUGCAAUCGAUCCAGAGCUCUUAGAGGGCGUUGACGAUUUCAAAAUUCGUAACGAUUUAGUUGACUGCCACGUCGACAUUUGCUCUCCUCACGUACCUGCUAUCUUCCAAGAAAACUUCGAUUACCAGUUUCUGAGAAGAGAUUUUGUAAAAGGUGUGUUGACCAGCGACUUACUAAAAAAGAGCAUAUACGCAUUCAUUACAGAGGACUAUGCUGCCCGUGUUGAAAGCUGGCAAACGUAUGAUGCCAUAUCCCAAGAUUUUAUUGCCAGAUGGUGCUACCCUAUGGUUCUGAACUCGAAUCUACUUGACGAUCAAACAUACUCUUACGAAUCCGAGCAUAUCUACAAAGAGAAAGAUGUGGUGCUAGCACAAUCGUGCAAAAUUGGCAAGUGUACUGGCAUUGGAUCUGGAUCCAAAAUUGGAGAAGGUACCAGCAUUGAAAACUCUGUAAUUGGGAGGAACUGUCAUAUCAAGGAGAAUAUCGUAAUAAAAGACAGUUUUAUAUGGGACAACACCACCAUCGGAAGUGAUUCUGUAAUUGAGCAUGCUCUGGUGGCUUCAGAUGUCAAGAUCGGAUCCAAAGUUGUCGUUCAAGAUGGCUGUGUCAUCGGCUUCAACGUAUUUAUUGACGAUAACAUGGUUAUCCCGGUGGGUACAAGACUUUCCGAAACAUUUGUUGAGAAGCGCGUCUCUCAAUUUCUGGACAGCGAGUCUUAUAGCGACGACGAAGAGGUUGUUUCAAAUGGAAAAUCUACGAAUGCGCUACCUGCAGUAAAACUGGUUGGCGAGGCAGGCGUUGGCUACGUAUACGAAAGCGACGACGCAUAUGACGACGACGAUAGCAGUGUGUUGGACGACGGCACAAAUGCUCUCACGCAUCGUUUCGAUGACAUGUACUUGAGUGACACAUCUAUUUCAUCGCUCUCAGUCAAGCCCAAGAAAAAGCGCAGAUCUUCCACGAGCAGCGCCACGACGUUUGCCGGCCGCGACGAGGAGUAUUACGACGACGACAAUGAGGACGAAGACGAGGAAGACUUUGCUGCGGAGGCUAUUGCUACGGUGGAGAGAGCAAUGGAGAACAACCACGAUAUUGACACAGCGCUUUUGGAAUUGAAUACCUUGAGAAUGAGUAUCAACGUUACCUACCAUGAGGUCAGAUCUGCCACCGUGGUGGCUCUACUGAGACGUGUCUACCACUUUAUUGCUACGCAGACGCUUGGUGCCAAGGAUGCUAUCCAGAAAGUUUUCGGUCAAUGGGGACCUCUAUUUAAGCGCCAGGCUUUCGACGAGGAGGAGUACGUGGACUUGGCGAAUUUGAUUUUGGAGAAGGCCGUGGCCCAGAACUUCGAAAAGCCCGAGUUUAUUGUUUUCAGUGCCCUGACGUUCCUAUAUGACGAGGACAUUCUUGACGAAGAUGCCGUUGACGCGUGGUGGAACCAGGUCACAGACGACCCGGCCUACGACCAGGCGAAGGUGCUGACCGCCAAAUGGGUUGAGUGGCUCAGAACUGCCGACGAGCAGUCCACGUCCGAGGAAGAGUCGGAAGAGAGCGACAGCGAGUAA